GGGAAAACGAAGUUCUAUUGCGGCGGGUAUGCCGUCACAACCUGCGUAUCCGAUUCCCGGCUACGACUCGGUGCCGGACCGUGCCCUGUUCUCGGCGCUGCCCCAGCGCCAGUCCUACUACGAGACCCAUUACCCGUUGUACUGCGCGGACUGGACCGCCAUAGAGGGUAAGGGCUUUGAGUCCAUCGCGUUGAGUUCCUUCCGUGAGGACACGAGUAACAAGUUGCAGGUGGUGCAUGGCGUCAAGACUGAUGACGAUAUCGAAUUUUUUCGCGUAGCCGAGGUGUCGGUGAAUUACCCAAUCACCAAGUUGCAAUGGGACCCGUCGAUGGCUGCCGCUGCAACGCCCGCCCCCAUCGACCGCCUUGCCGCGGCUGCAGAGUGCUUGCGCAUCUACGAGAUCGAUCCGCUCCAGAACAACGCGCUCGUUGAGCGCUUGACGCUCACGAACGCGAAACACAACAAUCUCAACGCGUUGCCGCCGCUCACUGCGUUCGACUGGAACAAGGUUGACCCCGGCCUUAUUAUCACCUCGUCCAUCGACACUACAUGUACUGUAUGGGAUAUCCGCAACGGUGGUGUUGCCAAGACACAGUUGAUUGCACACGACUCCGAGGUGUUUGACGUCCAAUUUACAAUGGACUCGACCAAUGUGUUUGCUUCCGUCGGGAACGACGGCUCCGUUCGUGUGUUUGACUUGCGCUCAUUAGAGCACUCUACAAUCAUCUAUGAACCCGUACCGGGUAGCGAAGCUGCACCUUUAGUACGGCUCGCAACGUCCCAUGCGAACAACUACCAUAUGGCGACCGUCGUCGCCGAGAGCCUGGCGAUUCUCGUGCUUGAUAUGAGAUAUCCGGGAGUGCCUGUGGCGACGCUCGAGGGCCAUUCUGCUCCGGUCAAUGACAUCAAGUGGCAUCCGACGAAGAACUGGUUAUUGAGCGGUGGCGACGACUGCCAGGCGUUGGUUUGGGACUGCACGAACAUCGACAGAGACAGGGCUGCGUACACACAGCAGGGCUACUAUCCGAGCGCCAGCCCAGGCGUUGGAACGCCCGGCAGCCCGAGCGGUAUGCCCAGUGCUCCGGCGAUCCCUGGAAUGGUAGAGGACACGCCGAUCUUGGCGUACUACGAGGCAAUGGAGGUGAAUAACGUGUGUUGGGAUAGAGAUGGAUCAUGGUUCGGGGCGGUGAGCGGGAAGGGGUUUCAGGCGGUGAAGUUAUAGCGGCGAGGGAAGUUGCAAAGCUGCUAUAGUGCUGUGACAACUUCUGGAGAAUAGCGCCAGCUGGUAACCAUGUACAAAACUAAUUAUUUAAAAUUGAAUUAAUCAUGAAAAAUAGCCAGAUCAGAAGAACUGAGGUAGGCGGAGACUUUCUAAACGAUAAAGUCGGGAGCUAUAUACUCGUGAUUACCUCCAAGGCACAAGCGGUCAUUGAAAUGAUCACAAACAAUUUAUAAACCAUGGUAGAGUAUCCAAGAUAUAUAUAUAUAUAUGUAUAAUCUGGUCGAAAAA